AUGUGCCUCUGUCUUGGUCCUGCGAAAUCUGGCAAAACCUUUUUAAUGAAACGUUUACAAGGAGAUGAUGUGGACGACGCAACGCAUACUGUGUCUACUAAUGGCAUAAAUCUUUUUAUAAUAAAAAAUUGCACCGGUGAAUUUGAUAUGAUUGUUAAAGAAAUUGGUGGCAAUAUGGCACUAAUAUGGAAGCAUUACUUUGAUAAGAUACGGAAACUUAUUUACGUGGUGGACGCGAGCAAUUUGUGUCAAAUAAGUGCGGCGGGAGUACUACUCUAUUCUUUAUUAGUUGAACCCAGGUUGCGAACUGUAAAAAUUGCAUUAACUCUCAAUAAAAUGGAUCUUUCUUAUCGACAAAUGCGUAAUGAAGCCUUACUCAUGCUUCAAUAUUCGCGUCUACAAAAAGAAGUUACACAACAACUCACCAUAUUCGAGACCAGUGGUAUGACUGGUCAAGGUAUAGAAGAACUAAGAAACUGGUUAUUCGAUCCGGCCACGUUAAAAGCUGCAAUAGACGCAAAUAAAUAG